AUGCUGACCGACCUGGCCGACGCGGAGGCGGACGAGGACUCGGAUGAAGACGAGGACUCGGAUGAGGACUCGGAUGAGGAUGAGAACGAAGACGAUAAAGAUAAGGAGAAGGAUGAAGACGACGAUAAAGACGAUAAUAAAGACGACGAUAAAUACGAGGACGAAGACUUGGGCGAAGACGAGGACUCGGACGAGGAUGCGGACUCGGACGAGGAUAGCUCGGACGAGGAUGAGAACUCGGACGAGGAUGAGGAUAAAGACAACGAUAAAGACGAGGAGGAGGAUAAAGACGACGAUAAAGACGAUAAUGAAGACGAUGAUGAAUACGAGGAUGAAGGCGAGGACUCGGACGAGGAUGCGGACUCGGACGAGGAUAGCUCGGACGAGGAUGAGGACUCGGACGAGGAUAAGGACUCAGACGAGGGCUCGGACGAGGAGGACUAG